UGGGACUAAUUUUGAGGUCCCAAGGGGCUGACACUAUGAUGGAAAAUCCCCAGGAUAGAGAUAUAUAUCCUCGCUGCCUUUACUGAAUUACUGAAGCUGAAUGAGUUUGUGUUUCCUGUCCCCAUAUAUACUUUUCCACUACACUGGUUCCCUGCAAUCACCAGAGGAACUCAUGCAGCCAAAGCCGAGAGCCAAUGGAACAACAGUUACUGAAUUCAUCCUGUUGGGCUUGGUGGAGACACCAGAGCUGUGGCCACUUGUCUUCAUACUCUUCCUCUUGGCUUACAUGACCACGGUUGGGGGCAACCUUAGCAUCCUGGCAGCUGUCUUGGUGGAACCCAAGCUCCACACUCCCAUGUAUUUCUUCCUGGGGAAUCUUUCAGUGAUGGAUGUGGGGUGCAUCAGCAUCACCAUUCCCUGCAUGUUGUUUCGGCUCUUGGCCCACAAGCGUACAAUUCCAUAUGGGGACUGCCUCACACAGCUCUUCUUCUUCCAUCUGCUGGCUGGGGUUGACUGCUUCCUGUUGACAGCCAUGGCUUAUGACCGGUUCCUGGCCAUCUGCCGGCCCCUCACCUACAGCACCCGCAUGAACCACACAGUCCAGAGGAUCUUGGUGGCCACAUCCUGGGCUUGUGCCUUCAGCAAUGCACUGACACACACUGUGGCCAUAUCCACACUCAACUUCUGUGGCCCCAACGUGAUCAAUCACUUCUACUGUGACCUGCCCCAGCUCUUCCAGCUCUCCUGCUCCAGCACCCAGCUCAAUGAGCUGCUGCUCUUUGCAGUGGGUUUCAUAAUGGCAGGAACCCCCAUGGCACUCAUUUUCACGUCCUACAUCCAUGUGGCAGCCGCAGUUCUGCGAAUCCGCUCUACUGAAGGCAGGAAGAAAGCCUUCUCCACAUGCAGCUCUCACCUUACUGUGGUUGCCAUAUUCUAUGGCACAGGCAUCUUUACCUACAUGAGACUCGGGUCCAUCAAACUUUCAGAUAAGGAUAAAGCUAUUGGGAUUUUCAACACUGUCAUCAAUCCCAUGGUGAACCCACUCAUCUACAGCCUCAGGAACCCUGAUGUGCAGGCUGCCUUCUGGAGGGUAUUCACAGGGAGGAGGGCGGCUGCUUAAGAUGGUCUCAAAGCUCCUUUCAUCUAUUAUUUUCAAAGCUAAAAGUAGAGCUAGGGAUGUCCUGUAUUGUCAAAUACUACAACAAAUUGUUCAUAACUUUGUCUAUUAUAGAACUUAAUUUAAGGGAUAACAAUUAUUGUUCCCCGAAGAACUUGUACCCAGGUAGACUAUGGUGUGUACACAGGUCCUCCCUGAUCUGCCCUUAGAUGAGUUCCACUUUUAAUCACUGUAUCUUUUCUUUAGCUGGAGUUCCCAAAGUGUCUCAGUAAGCAUCUUCCUGAGGAGUCUUACGCUUUCUUCAAGUUAGAGUAUAGUUGGUCUGUGUAUGCAACCUAAGCCUAGAUGUGGAAAAGCUUAUUCCUCCUAUAAAAUUUUUAUAAGAUUCAGAGGAAAUAGGGAGGAACUUUUCUCUUUGGUUUCAUAUUCCCUAUUCAUUCUAGAGAAAUUGGUAUCUGGGCACAGCUCGCAGACCUGAUUGUGAAUAUUAAAACUCUAUGCACAUGUAAGGAAAGUUAUGAUGCAAAAUGAACUUCCCUCAAUUACCAUUCUUGUAUGUUUCUAACCUUUAAAAGAUAAGAAGUUCUAUUCUAAACAUUCAACCCCUUAUUACUCAAUAUUAAAAUCCCUUCUGAAUUCUCACUUUUCACCACGAAGCUUCUAAAAGCUAUAAAUCCAUGUGUGAAUGCAGACCACACUGUGAUGUCUCACCCUGUCAGGGAAAGUGACUCUACCCUAGAGUGUUCUCUCAUCCUGUGUUCU